UUCCUCUUUCGAGUCCGAGCAAGCCAAAUCGCUCCCAUGAUUCAAGACGGCAUCUAUUCAAGAGCCGUAUUGAAGAUUUUCUUACGUUUAAGAUUACGAGUGGUGAAUUAGGAAAAAGUCCCAAGAACUUUUAUUUUAUCGCUAGCGGAUAAUUUUCCCGAUUUUUCGCCAUUGCAUGCGUGUAUUAAUUUGCGAUUGUUAUGACUGUUUGUCGUAGUGUUCGAUAGUGGAGAUUUGUUCCACCGUGAUAAUGUAGCGACGAACAUCUCUGCUCGCAACGAUAUGUUAAGUGGAUCGUGUAAUCACUAAGUCCAUUGUAUUUUCCAGUCCUUGGUCCGUGCACCAAUCUGAACCUGUCCACCGAUUGCGAUUACGAAAAGUGCUUAGAGCAGAACUGGAUGGGUGAUUCGUGAAGCGCUUGUGUCCGAUAUUACGGGUCUAAAUACUGAUGAUCGUACUGGUACAGGAUGUCUUCUAUGGCACAAGCUUAUCGUCGCUUAGCCAGUGGUGCUGGCAGAGCUUCUCCGCGUAAACGACAGCCCGCUCCGAGACAGCCUCGAGCUCCACAGCCUGCAAGGGGUCGCCGGCGACGCAGAGAAGAGCGUUACGAUUCUUCGCCCGAUCUAUCCGGGAGUGAUGACGAAGCUACGGGCAGGCGACGCAGAAAGCGGCCUGUGCGACAGCGAGGAGCCGUGCUUCCGCCACCUGCACCCCCUCCUGCUCCGCUGGCAGCGGAAGAAUCCGAUGCAGGCUCGUCAGAUGACGAUGUGGACGAGGGGCCGAAUUUCGCUAAUUUUAUCGCUCAGCCCGCAAAUCUACUGUUGAAUCCGAUCGCCGACAAUCCCACCGCAGAUGGUGGGGCUGUUCCAGAAGCAGCAGCUGCUGCAGGGCCCCCGCUAGUCCAGAGAAAUGGAGAACAAAAUCUCGAUAAUAACGAACAAGCUUUGAAUGUGAAUGCGCCUUCAGUUAAAGUUGAAAUACCGAGGCCUGCCGUUCAAACACGGAUAUUACAACCCACAAAUAUCGAAAGACCAGCGCAGGAGCGGAUUUUUGCUGUGGAUGGUAAACUGGAAGUGCGGUUGAAUGAACCCACGUUAUCCGUACUGGAAAUUCCCACCGCGAUGAAAGAUCCGCCAUUUUAUCGGAUAUCGACGCAACUCAUAGGAUGCCAUAAUAUUUCACGAGAUCCUACCCUGACUUCGCGUGGGGUUAACCGGAGUGUUUUGUUGUCCUUUGUUUGCGGUCCGCAAGAAGCUAUGAUGAACGAACGCGCUUGCAUAUUGCUACGGUUUUGCGCGGUGCCUUCUGAACGAGCCGCUCCUGAUCAUCACCCACCAAAUCUAACAGUUCUCCUGAAUGAAACUGAAAUUGUCAAACCGAAAACCAUUAAUUAUGGUGUCAUAAAGCGUAAGCCCUGGUAUCCACCUGUGGAGAUUGCGAAAACGCUACUGCGCACGGGAAGUGUUCACCAGUCUCUUACCAUAUCAUGGACUGUGGAAGGAAAUACGAAGUCUUUCCCUUCAACAGACCAGGAAUUUUUUGUUUUCGUUCAAACAGCGGAGCGAAAAACAUUGGAUAUGGUGAUGCAGGAAAUAGGGAAUAGAAGGAUUCCGCUUGGUUAUGGCGUUGCAAAAGUGUAUAAUCAAAUGAAUGACGACGACGGGGACGUAGCGGGAGAUUACCGAACUGUGAGUUUCAUAUGCCCGGUCUCGCGACAGCGUAUCAGUGUUCCAGUUAGAGGGAAAAACUGCAAUCAUUUGGAAUGCUUCGAUGCACAGAAGUUCCUGGAACUGAAUUCUGGGACUAAUGCUAAAUUUAUCUGUCCAAAAUGCAACAGUUGCAUUCCUCCGGAAAGCUUGGUUGUCGAUGGAUUCACCGAAGAAAUGCUGAGGUUUACGCCCCAGCAGUCCCUUGAAAUUAUUGCGCAGAACGGAAAUGUAAAAAUUCGUGAGAAACCAGCUGUUGCUCCUGCAAUCACCAUUGAUCUAAACACCCAAAGAGAUUCGAUUAUACUUUUGGAUUAGAGUUCGAUUUUUUCUGGGGAGUCUUUGUGAAUAUGGAUACUGGUGUUAUAACUGAUGGCGCUGUUCUUUUGCCGUUUGAAAUAAGUUUCGCCGUUUAUGGUAAAAUAACCAACACUCCACGAGUGUGCGGUUGUUAUCUUGCUGUUCUUAGCUUUCAUACUUUUCGGUUCGUGGUUCACUUUUUCUGAGAGCGGAAACUUUAUUUUGCCUAAAGUAUAAUAUCCUCAUUUGGGAUAACUGAAAGGGUGUGCAUAUAAGUUUACCAACUUAACUGCAUGGAAUAUGGAUCACGGAAAAUAAAAUGUGUUUU